AUGACACUGAAACCUUCACUUUCUCAGAAACAAAAUCCAAAAGGCUUCACUCCCAUCCACCUUGCUUUACAACACGACCAAGAGAGAAUGCCCCUUUGCCUUGUACAAAUUAACAAAGAUCUCAUUCAACUGAAAGGGAGGGACGACUUCACUCCUCUGCAUUUAGCAAGUCGAAAAGAAGAAGCUGAUGAUGAACUUUCUUAUUUGCAUUUGAAAGUUGGAACAGACGUAGCUGAGGAUGGCAUUCCUCCUCCUCUGCAUUUGGCAAGUCGAAUGGGAGAAACUGAGCUUUUGGACAAGUUCCUAGAGGUUUGUCCAGAUUCCAUUGAAGAUGUGAAUACUAGAAGUGAAACUGCACUGCAUAUUAUUGCAGCGAAACAUGGAGCGAAACAUGGACGCUAUGGGGCUCUUAAAGUCCUAUUUCGGUGGCUCGUGAGGAAUUCCAAAGAAGAUGAUCGACAGUUCAUAAGAACAACGACAUUGAGCUGGAAGGAUGAAAAAGGCAAUUCUAUUUUGCACGUUGCAGCACUCUACAAUCGCAUAAAAGAGGAAUGCAAUGCAUAUUUGGUAGUUACCACUCUUAUUGCAACUGCCACUUAUCAAGUAGCCCUGAGUCCCCAUGGUGGACUUUAUCAGACUCAUGUUGGGACUAACAAUACUGUGAUGAGUCAUGUGGCGGCCUCUUCUUCAUCCAUAAAUUUCAAAUCUACAACUUGA